AUGAGGCACCAGGCCGGCAGAGGCUUGGUGGGGACUGGGGCCCAGAUCCGGUUUAGCCAUUCCCUGCGCAGCCUCGCACUGACCCAGCCCCACUGUCCACCUCGCGGCAGUCACGCCACCACUCCGUACCAGCGUCCAGCUGCAGCGGUGGCGGGGACCGUGCCCCUGGGACUCCGGGAGGAGGGGCGAGAGGACGACACCGGACCCCUUGCGCGCGCGCGCGCGCACACACACACACCUGCAGUCCAGGACCUGAGGUUGGGUCGGGGUUCGAGUCCGCUUCGGGGUUCGAGCGUGGUUCCCCAUCCCACCCACCCCCAAUCCCGGGGCGCGACCUCGCCGUUCUCUGCGAGCCGCUGCCUCCAACUCCACCGUCUAAGUCCAAACUUUUCGGACUUUGAAUGUCUGGUUCCCCGCGUCUCUGUCCCCUCCCCGUCUUUGACUCCGUCCCUGGUUCUCUCCCCCGGCCGCAUCCUCCUCCGUCUGUACUUCUCGCCCUGCCCCUUUCCCUCAUCACUGCCCUCCUUCUGCCUCUUUCUCCCAUCUCGGUCCUCCUGUUUAUCUCUCUGCCCUCGCUCUGUCCCCCCUCGCCCUCCUCGGUGGCCGAGCCGAGCCAGGCCCCAGACGGCGGGAAGGCGUCCGGGCGUCCGGCCGGGCUGGGCCUCGGCCUGGCGGCUGGGCCCGCGUGGGGAGCGGCAGCUGUUUGCCAUUAGCCCGGGACCCCGCAGGCCCCGCCCCCCCAGCACGGGGCGGGGCCACCCUUGCCCCCAUCUUUGGGGCGGGGAGACCCCAGAGACGUCCGGGUUUGGCUGGAAGGGAGGGCUUCAGGGAGACCCCCGGGACGUUCGGGCCCACCGGGGACCCCGCGCCUCUUUCCGUGUCCCGUCUUGGAGUGUCCUGCCUCCCUUUUUCUCCAUCUCUCCUACCCGGUGUUUCCUUUUCUGUAUCCCUAGGGUCCCAUACAGGGAGAGGGGCUUCAGCCGCCACACUCCCCACCUCCAUCUGCUUUCUAGACUUGCAGUCAUCCUAGCACAUAGAGGGUGGUCAGAUGACUGGAGACCCUCAGACCUCAGUCUCGGCGUUGAAAGACAGACGUGGAGAGAGAGGGAGGGAGAAGUGGAGCGAGACCCAGACGGACGUGGAGAGACUCGGAGAGACAAGGAGAGACAAGGAGAGACGCAGAGAGACGUGGAGAGACUAAGCAAGAGGCGAGCAGGGUGUGAGACAAGGACAAGCUUGGCCGCCCCUGGAGCCCCAGCCCCGCCUUCAUGCCUGGCAGGUGCCCCACCUGGCCAGUCCUCCCAGACUCCCCCUGACUUCAGGCUCCCAUAUCUGCUCUCCCCAGGUCCGCCUCAGCCCGCGCUGCAGGUGAUCUGA